ACACGCCUAACGACCCGUUUGCCAGGCCUAGUACAGCCACCACCUUCGCCUGCUUUACUGAGAUGAGCACACCGACGACUUUCUCCAGUCGCCAUUUUUAGAGAGAGAGAGCUUUAGGGAGAGGAAAAAUGGGUUGUGGGAAUUUCUUCUGCAACGUACUCCUGACCUUCUCCGUGGCUCUGAUCACAUACAACAUCAUCAUCUCAGCCAAUUCACCACUCCAGCAGGACCUUCCCGGUCCGUCGAGAUCAUCAUCGUCGGUUGCAGUGGACCCCAUCAUCCAGAUGCCAAUGCACAGAUCGCGAGGCAAAUCGGGGAGCUCCAAGCGACUGUUCCACACGGCGGUGACAGCCUCCGACUCCGUCUACAACACGUGGCAGUGCAGGAUCAUGUACUACUGGUUCAAGAAGUUUCAGAACGAACCCGGCUCGGAGAUGGGCGGGUUCACUAGGAUCCUGCACAAUGGGAAGCCGGACAAGUACAUGGAUGAAAUCCCUACUUUUAUUGCUCAGCCUUUGCCUGCUGGAAUGGAUCGGGGUUAUAUUGUUCUCAACCGACCAUGGGCAUUUGUGCAAUGGCUUCAGCAAGCAGACAUUAAAGAAGAUUACAUACUGAUGUCAGAGCCCGAUCAUGUAAUUGUCAAGCCAAUACCGAACUUGUCUAUUGAUGGGCUUGGAGCUGCAUUUCCUUUCUUCUACAUUGAACCGACGAAGUAUGAGUCGGUCCUCCGGAAAUACUUCCCUGAGGACAAGGGACCAAUAACUAAAAUUGAUCCAAUUGGAAAUUCUCCCGUCAUCGUUGGGAAGGAAUCUCUCAAGAAAAUUGCUCCCACGUGGAUGAAUGUUUCUUUGGCAAUGAAGAAGGAUCCUGAGACAGACAAAGCUUUUGGUUGGGUUCUUGAAAUGUAUGCUUAUGCUGUUGCAUCCGCUCACCAUGGGGUUGGUAAUAUCUUAUACAAGGACUUCAUGCUUCAGCCUCCGUGGGAUAAAGAAAUUGGCAAGAAGUUCAUAAUUCAUUACACGUAUGGAUGUGACUAUAAUAUGAAGGGUGAACUAACAUAUGGGAAAAUUGGAGAAUGGAGAUUUGAUAAACGGUCUUAUGAUACUGUUGCACCGCCUAGAAACCUUCCUAUGCCUCCACAUGGUGUUCCAGAAAGCGUGGUGACCCUGGUGAAAAUGUUGAAUGAAGCCACAGCAAACAUUCCAAGUUGGGGGGAAUAGGUAAAAGAGCUGGUUGGAGCUGAUGUAGACACUGAGUCUGUAUAUAACAAAGCUACGCCGCCUUUUGGUACAGAUGCCACUCACGGAAAAGUUGGUGAAAAUUGUCAUGUCUCGCUAAUCAACUUGGGUUGCACACUUCGUGUCAUACACUUGAAUUCAGUUGCUCGUAUGACCAAAUUAUGGGUGUGAAAUUUACCACAAGCAUGAACACGAAUUCAUUUUGUGAAUGAUAAAGUUACAUGUAUAGGUAAUGCAGGAGCUUGGACAGAGCCGUUGAGUCACUUGAUGAUCGAAUACGAAAAUGACUACAUUUGUUUUCUCCUUCCUAUGAAUUUAUCUUUUGCGAACAAAUGUUGGGAUUUUCCCCUUGAUUAGAAUUGUGAGUUUCCUUUGAUUUUAAUUCGUGUGGUGUGGAUGUGGCUACAUAAACUUGAUAACUCCUAUGUUUUGGUUCAA